UACCUACAUCUUAAAAAUUAAUAAAAAAAACACCAAAAAUCCUUUAUACCUCAAUUACUUAGUGGUCUCGUUUCCUACUUGUCCCAUGGAUGGUUACAAUGUGUGUCUCAAUACUUACAUCCCUUGCAUAUUGCAUUAUGUGGUGGGCUGGAGAUGUUCGUGAUUAUUGGUUAAUGUUAACAAUAAUCGAAAUGUUUGGGGUUUUCUUAAAUAUUUAUUGCUUUGUUGUUGUCGUUGCUUUUCACCAACGAAUGCAAGCAGAACUCGAAUAUUACGCCAGAAGGAGAAAAUAUCAACGGUUUAAUAGGGAACGAGAAAUACCCCGACAGAUUGAUCAAGGCAGUAUUUUAAUUAGAAAUAAAUUUUAA